ACAGAGAGACAGAGAGACAAAGAGAAAAAGGGAGAGGAAAGUUGAACUGCAGCCGAGUCUGGAAUCCCACGCAGGCCGCCGCCAUGAUCAUCAAGACAAUUUUCUGUCUUGCUCUGUUGCAACUUGCAGCUUCUCACAAACCAGAUGAUUUGCUGGCGAAGAAAGAUUGCUUCGAAUGCUGCAAAUACGCCAUGGAGUCUGAUGAGUACAACAAGUGCUGUGUGAAACGUGGUUGUUGUCCAAAUUGCGAGAAGGUGCCCUUUGGAUCCUUAGGCACAUAUCCCAUCCAAUACGACUGCAAGAGAGCGUGGAAAUGUUGCCUCCUCCCUUUCCUUUCUGAAGAAUUCCAUCAGUGUUGCAUGUCGUACGGCUGUUGCCCGAUCUGCGAUGGAGUGCCGAAAGGUUGUUGCUACGGCAGUAAAAUGCAAGUCUGGGGCGGCACAGUAGCCUCCUUCCCCGAGGUCUGCCUGGAGCUGAGGUGUGGCGCUUCUCUCCUUAAGGACCAGCCGUAUGUGCUUCCGCAGAUCGUGCCAUUCUUCCUGCCCAAAACCGAGUGCAAAGACCCCUGCGAGCACGCCCAGAACAGGCACUGCCUUGACGCCCACCACAUCAUCCGCGACGAGGGGGACACGUGGUACGAGAGGGCGACGUGCGAGCUGUGUUUGUGCCGCGACGGGCAAGUUACGUGCAACCGCGUGCGUAUGCCGUGCCCGCCACCGCCGAAGCCCCACUGCCGCCCCGUCGGGAACGGCUGCUGCCCCAAUUACGACUGCAGUGACGUCAUAAGCUGCCCGGCUCUAGAUACAUUUGAGUCGAAUUGCCGUUUGUACAAGAAGCGAUGCCGCACCGAUAAGGACUGCAAGGAAGAUGAACAUUGCUGCUCUGUGGGGCGCUGUGGCAAAGUUUGUCAAAAACUCUGCGUGGACGAGAGCGGAAUCCGACACGCGAUCGGCGAGACGUGGAUCUCCGCGACCAACUCGUGCGUGGUCGUGACGUGUCUGGAGGGCGGGGCCACCUCCGAAACGCACAUUCAGUGCCCCAUCUGUCUGCUCCAGAUCUCGACCUCGUGCAAGUGGGUUCACCCAACCACCGACUGCUGCGGCCACUGGGAAUGCCCCGAAAGGGUCGCACAGCUGGGCGACGUGCACCCGCGCUGUGAACCAACAAUAUCUACCAACAUCACGGUGGGGAAGGAGGAGAUACUUAUAAGUAAAAAUCGGGAUUCCUAGAAGGUGGAAGGUGGG